CAAAUCACAAGUAAUUCACCUGAACGUCUUGAUUGAACGGCAGCGCAUUUGUAUGUAGGAAGGUCGAUUUUGAUUCGCCAGGUGGUAGGACUGCAUGCCGGAUUGUCUUGAUGCGUUAACGGAAGUAUAUGCUACUGUCUUACAGCGCCAUGGUCGACCAUCUACUGUAUCCUCGUAUGUUAUUGAGUAAGACCAAUUUAUGAACCCUCUUCACCUGCGCCGAUGCCGGGAACGUUUGCCGUUUUUAGCCAUGACAGCCAUGGCAUCGCAGCUCCCUAGCGCAGGUCGGCUUCACACGCUUUCUUGCGGGCAGAUACACUCACGACCACAACACCGCAAUGUCAGCACCUAUGCUCUCGAGGACGGCGAUACCGCGAUUCUUGCUACCUCAAAGCUCACGGACGAGCACGACAGUUUUCAGGCCUUCGACACAAAAUGUAUUUGAAGCCCGGCGGCACCGAUCCUCAGCAGCUCCUGAACGAUGCGCCACACGAUCUGUGAUCACAGCUCUGCAGCGACAACGUAUGCUACAGUCGCAGAAGCAGGCUACCCAAUUUGCUUCCAGCUAUGCCUCUGCGCUCGUGUCCCGUCGCAAUUUCAGUGCCAGUAGCCCUCGAUUCAAGGACCAUCACUUCGAUACACUCAAGUUCGUUCAACGUCUGAAGGAGGAGGGAUUUACAGACGAGCAAGCGGAAGGCAUGAUGAGAGUACUGGGAGAUGUUAUAGAGGAGAGCAUACAAAACCUCACGCGCACUAUGGUCCUUCGCGAGGACCAAGAAAAAGCCACCUAUACGCAGAAAGUCGACUUCGCAAAGCUACGAUCGGAGCUCAUGACGGCCGACUCGACGGAGUCCUCACUGACGCGCGCAUCGCACGAACGAUUGACAAACGAGCUGGCUAAGCUCAACUCACGGUUGCGAGACGAGAUUCAAAGGACGCAGGCAUCUGUGCGGUUAGAUCUGAACCUCGAGAAGGGUCGCAUCCGAGAGGAGGCAAAUGUGCAGGAGCUCAAGCUGAAGGAGACCGAGACCAGGAUCGAGCAGGAGACUGCGCAAUUGCGCGAAAGACUCGAGGCAGUCAAGUUCUCCACAUUGCAGUGGCUAAUGGGUGUUUGCACGGGUACCGCAGCGCUUAUGCUCGGUGUUUGGCGUUUGCUGAUGUGAAGCAACUGGUCCUUGAAACACGUCGAGACGAAGGCAUGGACGGAUUACAGGAGACGUGCGUACUGUGUAGGGCUGUCUCAGACGAUCGGG